UAAUCGGCGAGCUGUUGUUCGGCUCCUUCAUUGACGUGAAAACUCGCUCUCCUAGCUAGCACGUUUAGAUUAUUUAUUUUUCCUUUGGCUGUCACUUUGUGUAUGUGAUACUUGCCUGCUCAUAUUUUAUCCAGAUCCCUUGCUAGACUCCCAGGUACAGUAACAGCUGUUUUUAAAAGCCAAAGAGAAUCAAAUUGCCAUAGAAAAACAGAAACAGCUGAUCAAACAAUAAGAGAUAUCUAGAUAACCAAGAUGUAUUUACUGGUGACGUAGUCAACACAAGGGGUGUAACUGAGUGUGAUUUCUAAGGAGCAGCACAGAGUUCUUGUAGAUGGCCAGGCAGGGGUGCAGUAUAAAGCAUUGACCUUUCCCUACCAUCCAACUGAACAUCCAGCCCCAUAAUUCCUGGUAGUGACAACUUGCUAAAGCAACUUUACACAAGACAACAUCAGACUGAUAUAAAGACCAAGUGAAGAAUUAGAACAGUGCGACUAUCGUAGCGAUUUGCGCUACCCCCCACAUUAUUCAGGUUGUGUUUAGAGUGACAUGGCAACAGAGAAAACCAUGGUUCAAGGAAGCGAAAGUAACGGCAUUGCCCCAUCUAUCCUGACAGUACGCAUGAUCAUGCAGGGAAAGGAAGUUGGCAGUAUCAUAGGAAAGAAAGGGGAUAAUAUAAAGAAAUACAGAGAAGACAGUGGUGCUAAAAUCAACAUAUCCGACGGCUCGUGUCCUGAGCGUAUAGUUACUAUAACCGGGACUACAGAAAACAUACACAAAGCUUUCACAAUGAUCUGUUCCAAGUUUGAAGAGCAGCCUUCCAUCUUUCAGGACCUACAGAACACGCCGACUGUGCCUAAACCUCCAGUUACACUUCGAUUGGUUGUUCCCGCGAGUCAGUGUGGCUCACUUAUCGGUAAAGGUGGAAUAAAGAUAAAAGAAAUCAGAGAGAGUACUGGAGCGUCUAUACAGGUAGCGAGUGAAAUGUUGCCGAACUCUACAGAAAGGGCAGUUACAGUAUCGGGCACAGCAGAAGCCGUGACGGCAUGUAUCAAAGUCGUCUGCAAUAUCAUGUUAGAGUCCCCACCAAAGGGAGCAACCAUUCCCUACCGUCCAAAACCAGCUGUACCGCCAGUGGUGUACGCAGGAGGGCAGGCGUUUGUAAUCCAGAGUCCACAGAUGCCGGUUCCCCCUCCAGCUGAGUUUGGUCCUGUAAAAAUGAUGGACUCAAUGUAUGAUAGUCGGCUCUACGCUAUGAAACAACAGGUCUGGUGUAACUGUCCGCAGGAACCCUAUGGGUACACGUUGAACAAGUUAAAUCAGAUGUCAUUAGGACAGCCAGUUCCUAUGUUACCGCCAACAGCAUACUUGCCAGUAUCAGCAGCUCCGGGCUACGCCCCAAUCCCAUUUCAGCAACGACAUAUUCAGAACGGGCCAAUCCCAACACCUAAUGGUCAACAGACACAUGAAAUGAAUAUACCAAAUGAUCUCAUUGGCUGUAUAAUUGGCAGGGGAGGACAGAAAAUCAACGAGAUUAGACAGAUAUCAGGUGCUAAUAUAAAAAUUUCCAACGCAGAAGAGGGUUGUCCCGAUCGUAAAGUUACGAUAACUGGUACCCCAGAAACUAUUGGAAUGGCUCAGUACUUAAUAAACACCAGCAUGGAAUUACAUAAGACUCUUGUCCUAGAUCCUAACUCCGCCGCUACGUCCCCUACGAGUUCUGUGAGUCCCACGUCUGCAAGCCCAGUGACUUCUAUGGCACCACCAACAGUAUCCCAUCAAGCAACGCCGGUAGCGAUGCCGCUAACCAUUCCUGCGAUGAAACCACUACAGUUUGUCGGAAUGAACGGACUCAGUACAUUGCCAGCUAAUCUGUCUUCUUUUAAUGGCAUCAAUGGAAUAAAUGGGUUGAAUUUUCAAUUUAUGGACCCUUUAUUGAUGGCUGGGGGUGUUCCUCAGCCAGGACCACAACCAGCCUCAAAUUUUACCGGAAAAGUGCGUCUGGGCAUGGCAGCAGUUAAAACCGGCUCGCCAAAAUUUGCACCCUACUAACAUUGACUAUUAUAUGUGCUGGUUAUGUUACAUAGAGAUAGAUUUAUAUUUAUAUAUUUGGUUGCUUUAUUACGAUAUGAAACAUAUUUUGUGUACCCAUAUAUUCAGAAGUUCAUUAUAUGUCAGUCAUUUAAGUUUUAUUUUACACAAACACCUAUAAAUGUUUUUUUAUUUGUGAUUUAGUUGUUGAAAGCAUCCACAAGUGUUCAGUUAGUGAUCUAUCCCCUUUGUAUCCUUCAUGUUGAAAAUUGUUUCAAUGUAAAUUUCAUUUAUGUCGUAAGUUUUCACAGAAUUUUCUUAAGUAAAAACUGUUGAAGAAUUUUUAUCAUCACUAACGAAUUAAAGGAGUCGCAACACUGGAUGAGGUGAAGGCCGUUGAUUUCCUUGCAAUUUGGAAAUUUCAUAGGGCAUUCGAAUGUUUGAAUAUUUGAAUAGUUUUCUCUGAGAAAGACCGUUCAACUAGUGUUUAGGUUGUAAUUGACUUAACUCCUGAAACUCUUAAAUUUGACUUGUAAUUGUAAAGGGUUGAAAUGUCCAUGCUCUUUCAUUAAUGUACAUAGCAACAUCCUAUUCUGGUGCAAUGUUCACUACAUAUUUCUUGUGCAUGGGUAUUUCUGUAUGUGGGUACAUAAACUAUGUGUCAUGUUUCUACGAUAAAUAAAUGUGCUGUGUAAAUACUUAAAUAUAGUUGGUAAAAAUAGCUGAAGCCACAUGUUCCCUAAUCGAUCUUGGCAUUUGAGCAGUAAUUGUAAAAAUAUAAUAUUUACAAUUAAAUGUAAAUUGCAUUUUUAUUGAGGUGUAUUUUAUGUAUAAGUGGUAAAAAUACUGAAGGUCUUUGGUAGUUGCAGAACAGUUUUUAUAUGGUACGUCUUUACUUCGUAAAUCUUUGCAGAUUUAAGCUACUGAUAUAUAAUGUACUGCAUAAAAUGUGUAAAUACUGUUAGAUUAGAGAACAUGUGGCAAAGUCAAUUUUACCAACUUUAAUACAACUGGUGGCCUUUGUCAGGGGGAUCCAUUACCUCCUAUAUUGUUUGUAUUUGUUUGUACAACUACUUGCGAGCUUCAAGAUCAUGUGAUACACAUAUCCAGUUUAUAUAUAUAACUUAGAGGUUUAUAUGUAACAAUUUACUCAUGAUUCUUGUUUUUUUUUUUGUUUUGAAACCAUUUUAACUUUUCAUAACUAGGCUCAUUUUAUAAGUCUUGUAUUUAAUAUUUAUGUACAGUCUACAAAUUUUAGUGUAUAACUUUAUUGCUUGUUGUUUUCGAAAGUAAUGAAACGGAGCUUGUUGUCUCGUUGAAAAAUCUUUGUUAAAAGGUUAUCGGUUCAGUUAAGCUUGAUUUGAUAUUACAUGGUGUUUUGAAAAACAACUAAGAAGAUACUUGUACUUAUGGUUUUUUUUCUAUGUUUCUUUCAACAAAGUCUAAACUUGCAUUUAAAUUUUUAAUUUAUCACUGUUGUUGAAUUUUUAUCCCACCAAUUUUGGGUUGUAUUGGAAUGGCAAUUUAUUUUCUUAUUUUCCAUUUAACAUUUUAUGCAAUUACAGACAUUUUUCUGCUGUAAUUAUGAAUUAAGGGGAGAUUAUUACUAAAGAAUAAAUGGAGGUUUUUGAUUAAAGAUGUCUACAUGAAAAUUUUGAGCUAUUAUUACAUUCUCGUAAGCUAAAUCUGUAAGUUUGUUUCAAAAGAAAUGACUGUGAAAGGCACGUGACAUUACGUAAUGUCGUAAAUAUUUCUAAUUAUAGGUUCCCAUUGUACUACUGCUUUAUAUAGAACAGACAAAUUCCUUUUUCUGUUCUGUUUAUUGUAGUUUUAAGUAUUUCAUUAAAAUAGUUAUCUACAGUCAAAAAACAUUUUGUUUUAGUAAAUGAAUCAGUAGUUUGGAAACUUAAUUUCUGUUGUAAAUUCUUUAACUUAGAAGUGCACUUGUUAAUUUUCCAAUGCAUGAAAAGUUUUUCCUUUUGAAAUAAGUCUACCAAAUCUGUAUAAAAAUUUGUUUGUAACUAUCUGGUCUCUUUUGAUCUCUUUGUCAGAUUAAUGACACACUUUUUACUGUCUUGUACAGUAUUCACAGUGAUGGUCAUUUUUCUUCAUGGAAAAAAAUUGCAAUUUGCACAGUAUCAGUUUAUAACAUUAUUUCAUUUUGUGUUCAUAAAUUAUAUCAAUACUUAUCCAGGUUCCAUAAAAUUUUACAUUGUUGAAUUCGUUUUUCUCGCAUAAAAACUUAGAAUUAGACAAUCUUUAGAACUUUUGAUUUUACUUUGAAAAACAAGAAUAGAUAUACAAAAAUCAGCUGUCUCAUAUAAUAUAUAGUUAUACAAAUGCAUAAUCAGUUACCAAAGCUUAAAAUCAUCAAGGAAAUCCAAAGUGGGUGUGCCGUAUUUGCACACUUUAACAGUGCAGUAUUAGAAAGAAAAAAAGUACAAAAUGUUUUAGUUUAAUAAAUAUAUGGGGUGGGGGUGUGGAAGGCAUGAUUUGGUCAAAGAAAAUUUGUAAAAAAAACUACUACAAUAAUGAGUUUUAGUUGAUUUUAAUCAGAUUUAGAAAAUGUCAAUAGAAUAUGAAAACUGUCCUGUCUCUAAUUUCUGGACAUGAACAUGGUUCUGAGUAAAAUAUAUUACUUGUGGGCGCUUAAUAUUGGGGCAAAUACGGUACACAAGCAAAAUGAAUUUACAUAUAAGUGUUACAUGUAUGUGCAAGUAUUUAAUGUAUGAUGUUUUUUACAAAGGCACACUGUUGAUUUUUUAUAUUGAAAGAAAACUAGCUCCAAUUUUGAUCAACAUUCCUACGUUUGUAACAUACCGUAUUUAUGAUCCUAACUGAUCCGAAACUUAUUGGAGGCAAGUUUGUGAAACGAAUAGGGAACACAUAUUUAAACUAUGUUUUAAGCAUGAAUUAAACACGCAGGGAGCUGUACAUUAUUUAUACCCUCAUAACACUUGACAUUCCAUUAAAAAAUCUCCCAGUAAUUUAUUUCCCAACCUAAUUUGAACCCCAGAAUUUUUAUUUUCAGUUUGAUAUUUAUGCUGAUUCCCUGCAAAUAACCCAUAAUUCAAGUUCUUUUUAUAUAUAUCCCUGCAAACCCAAUCCACUAAAAACUGUUGUGAUGGUUAUACCCAAAAAAAAUUUGGUAGUAGAAAAAAAUGGAAUAUAUAAAACUAGUCAUUUUUAUUUCCAUUUAAAAGUGAUUCUGUGUUUCUAGUCAAACAUGCAUGUGGUCAGGAAAAUUGUCACAAACUGCAAACAUUUGCAUUUUUACAUGGUCUCUUUCUUCAGUUUAUUGAUAAACCCAAAUUUUGUCUCAGACAAAGGCAGAAAAAAAUGUUUCUAAAUAAUGUGGAUUUGAGAUGUUUUAUGUUUUGAAGCUUGCUUCUUGGAGACCUAGGCUGUGAAAAACAUAUAUUUACCAUAUUUACCCAAAUAACCACAAUCUAAAUUUGAUUACUUUUGAGUUAUUGCAAUAUAUUCCAAUUGUUGCAAUAUUUUAUUAUUUCAUUUUAGUUAGUGUUCACAAUCAUUGUUACUCAAGUUCAUUAUAGAUCAAAGAAUAACAGUUCUUUGAGUUCAUUAUUUUUGUUUAGGUUUAUUUCUUCUUUUUUUCAUUGUUAUUGAGCAAUCACCAAAUAAUGUUCCUGUUUUAGAUGGAUUAGUAUUACUUAAUUUGCUUUAAUUUUUGUUUUAAGCUUUAAUAUUUUCAUGUUUGUUAUUUAAAAUGAUUUUUUUUUUGUCACAAAUCAUUUAAAUGGUUGAAAUAUGUCCCUAUUUCUAAGUCAGGUUAUUAUAUUAUUCAUGUACAGUGUACAAUUAUUGUUCUUGAAAUCUUUAUCAUUAUGCUUUAUUUUAGAAAUCCAGUUUUUGUGUGGUAGUUCUGUACAAAAAAAAUGCAUGUUGAUUAUUGAAAUUUUUAUUGCAUUCCUUAUUAUUUUUGCAUGUGUUGUGCAUGAAAAAGAGUCCUGUAUAAUUUUAAACUACAGAUGUUUAUCAUUGUUUGUAAAGUGAUAAUUUGGAUUGGACUUUCAGUAAUUAAUUGAAGUUGGUGAACAAAUUGGGUUUUUUAUUUGUGAUGAAGUGCCCCCUGUAAACGUUACAGUUAUACAUUUUGUUUCUAUAGCAGCUUUUGUAACCCAACAGUAGUUGUUAACUCUUGCAUUUGAAAUAAAUUAUCAGAGAAAAAACUGUCACAGAACUCUUGUUUGAUAUUUAUUUGAACUAAAAUCAGUUUUUUGCUUCUUUGAGACCUAUACAUCACUGUUAAACUGCUUUCUGAAUGAAUUUAGAUCAGUUAGUUAAAGAGUCCUUGAUGUAUUAUAAAUAGUAUGCUUCUUUAGCAGGCAUUUACGGUAAUUUUUUACCAACUUACAUAAAUUACUGGAAACAUUUUGUUCAUAUUAUUGCUUUAUUAACAAUGUACCUAACUCUCAAUACUCUUGUGUGUAUCUCUGCCAGUAUAUGAAAUAUGUUAUUGUGUAAUACCUCUGUUUUAUUUGAGAAAACGGAAAUCUUUAUUACUACUUCCAGUAGAGUUGUAUAACAGUUCCUUAGAUCAUUUUUUUUCUUGUCAAUUGUUUUGUACCACACGCAUAUCACUUGAUAAAUAGAGACAAAUGGUGUCGAACGUAUGAAGUAUUUUCUUCAUUAGUUGACAAGUAUAGAAGGACGUAUUUCCCUGCAAAGUGAGCAUGUCUUUUAUCUUUUAGGAGAAAAAAAACUACACAUCUAUCUGCAAAUAUGUUAAAAUCUUUGGAGUUUCAAAUUAGCUAAAACAGCAUGUUGAGUUUUGUUUCUGUAUGCUUGUUUCCUCCAAAAGUUUUAAGACCAAUUUUUUUUCUUAAAUGAAACAUUGUUUUUAUUCAAAAUGGCAACCUGGGUGAUUUUUAUAAGCAAACUGAGAUAAAUAUAAUAUAUAACAUUUUAGUCAACUUGUAAUCUUAUUACAAAUACACUGAAAAUUGACUGUAAGUCUUUUUGAAUGCUAUGAAAAUAGAAUUUUGUCCAAAAACUUUCAGAAAAUUUUAAGUAGCGCUUGAAUGUGCUGUAAUAUUACUUAAAAAUGAUUUUACGGCCAUUAAGUUUCUACUGGGAAAGUCAUUUGGUCCUAAAAUUGUGAAGGAGACUAUUUAAACAGGAAGAAAACCCCAAUUUCCAAUAAAGCAGAGGUAUGGAUUCUCUGAUGAAUAAAUGUUUAAGUCAGUUGUGUUUUAAAUGGUGAUAUGAUUUUGAAUGAACUAAUUGUAUCAUGUGAAAUGUUGUUUUCUGAUUCUAGGGUGACAACAGAGGUCUGCGGUAUGGGGAUACGCUAACAUGCUCUGCAAUGCCAAUAUCAUAUUAGACAUUUUACAUAUGGGAGAUAGGGAAAUAAGCUGUUGGGUCUCAAACAUUUGACCAGAGUUGUGUGAUAUAGUGUACAUCAGCUACCAACACAAUCAUUUGAUUGGCUAUCAUUUUUGUAAGCACAAUCGUCAUUGGCUCGUAGCUGACCAAUCACAUUUGUUGUCUCAUGAGUGCUUGAUCAUGUGACCAACUUCUAUUUUUAUCAGUUUUGAAGUGUUACAUUUUUAACUCAUGGGGAGCUUCCAUUUUACACAGUAAAGUUAUUGAUUUUCAAGGCAUUAAUUUUUGUGGCUGUAAUAAAAUUUUGCAAGUUUAUUCAUCUUUUCAUUCAGAUGAGAAUCACCAAAUCUUAAAAAAUAGUCUUUUUUGCAUUAUUAUCUGCCAGCUAAAUAUUUGAGGCCACAAAAAAUAAUGGCCUUGAGAAAUAAUGGGUUUACUGUGACUGCCUUCUCAUAACAUGUUUGCCUAUGUGUACUUUUCAUGUUACAAGCCUAUCUCUGCACAUGCUGAUACAAGUUCGUCAAAUGCUUGAGUUUUGAAAUGGAAUCAUUGUAACCAUAUUUUGACCUUAUAAUUUUACAUGUCUUUCUGUAUUCAUGGGGUAAUGAAAGCUCAUUGCCACAGAAAAACAGACCUGUAAUAGAUUAGACUUUACCUGGUAUUGUUUUAUUUGAAAUAAAUCACAUGUGUGCAACAUGUAGAUUUAAAAAAAAAAAACUUAACAAAUUUUCGUCCACAAUGACUAGGCUAGUGCUUUACAUUUAGCCAUCAGCAAUUUCUACUCCAAAACACGUACACCUUCUAUACUCGAAAAGAAAAACGAAACAUUUGUAUUUGAUAAUUUGAUAUUGGCAUAAAAGUUAGAGGCUUAAAUAUGAAAUAUCUGAAGCUGGUCUCACAGAGUUAUUGUAACUGAACAAUUUUCUUACACAGAGAAUUGGCAUGGUUCUGUCAAAAGUUUCUGCGAAAGGAUCUAUUUUUAAUGAAAUAUAUAUUAUUAAAAAAAAUAGAUUGUUAUUUAAAAAUGGUUAUGUAAAGAUUAUGUUUUGCAGUAAUGCAAUUUAACAGAUCUACUAAGCUAUGUAAGUUACAACUUAUUAAUAUAAGGUAUUGUAUUAAACCUAUAGAGAACUUCAUAAUCGGAACAUCAGUUAUAAUGACUUUGUGAUACAAGCCUCAGAACUGGAGUGUUUUCAUUUUUCCUACCUGUCUGUAUAAAGUAUCCCUUAUUUAAUUGUUAUCUGUUGAUAUGGUGCUGUAGGCAGUUUUUCAAUGCCAAAAUUAAAUUAUACAUUUAGAAACAUUACUUGUUUUGGUAAAUAAUGUAAAAUAUGAAAACGGUAAUAUGCGUGUAUAUAUUUGACUGGGCCUAUUUAUUCACUUUAAAACUGAUAAUUUGUUCUGAAUCAGUUAUAUAUAUACAAUGUAAGUUAACACAAUUUUAGAAGGCAGUAGUUCUACAUGGAAUAGAAGCUAUGAAUUACAGAUACAUAAAGAAACUAGUACACUUACAUUCAUAAACAUUAUUCCGAAAAAAUCACAUGUCUUCUUAGUUGAAAAUACCUCGGGGUUUUUAUCUAGUCACAGUGUUAAAAAACUGUAUUUUGAUACCAGACUAUAAUUAUAUCAAUGUUCUAACAACUUUGUACUUUUUAAAAAAAAACAUUGUCAUGUACUGGCAUACUUAUUUCAGAUCUUCUUUUCAACAUGUGUUGUUUCAAAAUCACAUUGUAAAAAGUGCAAUCUUAAUAAAAGGGUAUUAUUUUAGCAUUCUUUUUAUAGUCAUAUAAAAUUUCAUGAAAUGUUUUACUAUGUAUUUGAGCCGCACCGUGAGAAAACCAACAUAGUGCGUUUGCGACCAGCAUGGAUCCAGACCAGCCUGCGCAUCCAUGCAGUCUGGUCAGGAUCCAUGCUGUUCGCUUUCAAAGCCUACUGCAGUUAGAGAAACUGUUAGAGAACAGCAUGGAUCCUGACCAGACUGCGCGGAUGCGCAGGCUGGUCUGGAUCCAUGCUGGUCGCAAAGCCACUAUGUUGGUUUUCUCAUGGUGCGGCUCAUUUGUGUCAAUUUACAUUUGUGUUACCAUGUGAUGUCAAAACUUUUGGUGUGCAUGUUUAGGAACUAGCUUCUCAUUUCAUUGUUGAUGUUUGUAAAAUAAAUAUUGUAAAUGUUGUUAAUUUUGCGGCCGUUAAAUUUUCAGACAUUUUCAAGAAUAUUCAGGAACAAUUCAGUUCAGACAGUCCUAUAGCAGCAUUUUUGAGCAAUUUAUAUCUUGAAAUCUUAAUGUGUAUUCAUGCCCAAAAAUUUGGCAUCUCAAAAAUUUCAACAUUUACAAUAAUGCACAAAUUGAAGAUGAAAUAAACAAUGAACAUUUAAAGGUGCAAGUCUAAAACAAGGUUGUGAUUUUUGUAGAAAAUUGUAGAUAGUGUGAAAUACAAUUAGCACAUAAAUUGUUUUUUAAUUAAAAUGUCUCAUUCUAUUUUUAGAAGUCAUGUGAUUUGAUGUUUAAAAGUCAUUUGGUCACAUGAUCAAGCACAUUCUGUUUUUAAAAAGAUGUUACAUACCUAUUUUUGUGGAUAUGAUCUUCUCAUUUGAGUUAUUAUUAUAAUGGAAAAAUGUUAUAACAAAAUGAUACAAAUUAACUUAACAAUAUAACAUUUGUAAAUAAUUGAAAAACGUAACCUUAAAACUGCUCUUUCAUACUAUUUUCUGUGAAGGAAAAACAUGAAUUUGGUCAGUAUAUUCAACUGUUAUAGAAGUAGCAAACAAUUUCUUAAAAUAAUUGUGUUGAUUUGUUUGCUUAUUUACAAAAAAAAAAUAUAAUGUUUCAUCAAGCUGGGAAAGAGUUGUAAAAUAAUCCUUACUUUUAUUGUAUUUAUAUAUUUGAAAAAGAUAUAUAAGAGGCUAUCAAAAAAUCAGUUAGCACUUGGAGAAUAUUUAAAACUUCAAAUAAGGAGACCAUUUUGACAAGAUAUGCAUGUCUUACAUCAAGUAGUUGUCUAUAUGUUAAAGUAAAUAAUUUAUAAUGAUCUGUUUAGGAGAGUUAUUUUGAACUGUUUUCACAGGUAUUUUAUUAGGUCAAGUUUUAUCUUGACUGACAAGUCAUCAUGUAUAAAUGUGUUGCCAAAAUUAUAAAGAUUAAAUAAAAUUUACAGAACUACAAA